GUGUGCAGACAGAGUGCUGCGGAAUCGAGUCGGCAAGGCUAAAGUCUCAGCGCUUCCAAAUCGACUGCAAGGCAGUGAUUUCGUCAACACUCCGAAGGCUUUGAUGGAGGUUGUUGUGAAUCACUACAAGCAAAUGGUUAUUGAAGAGGAGGACAGCGAACUGAAUUUCGAUGAAGAAGGAGGCGGGAGCAUGUCCCUGAAAAGACCAAAAAUUCGGGGAGGCGGCGGGUCCAGGCUUCUAGACCCGCCGGACGUGCGACUGGUAUUUUUUUGUUGUUUUGCACUUUAAUUUUCAGGUUAAGACUUUUGUCAUUUGUUUUUAUUAUAUUUUUUGUUGUAAGACUCUUGCAUUAGGAUUGAGUGACGAGAAGUUUGUGGUGACCGUCUUUGGCUCAAUUAUGCCCAAGUUAAGAUCAACGAGUUAUAUUGCUUUGUCAAAGCAACACUCAUUUGUGUCAUCUUGCUUCUGUCACCUCCCAAACUGGCUGAGUGUCAAAAACUUGAUGAUCAUUUUUAUGAUCAGUCAUGCCCUCACUUGCAUAUGAUAGUCAGCUCAGGUGUUUGGUCAGCCAUCAAGCAAGACCCCCGAAUGGCUGCGUCUCUUCUCCGUCUUCAUUUCCAUGACUGCUUCGUCAAUGGUUGUGAUGGGUCGGUGCUUCUAGAUGACACUACGAAUAUGAAGGGAGAGAAGAACGCCCCGCCAAACCGCAAUUCGUUGAGAGGUUUUGAGGUCAUUGAUAGUAUAAAGGCAGAUUUGGAGAAAGCUUGCCCUUCCACUGUUUCCUGCGCUGACAUUUUAACGCUUGCAGCCGUUAAUGCUGUUUCCAUGCUAAUUGUUCUACCGCCGAGUCUAGAGACCAUCCGAGAUGAGUACAUGGGGGGUCGAUCAGAAAUGUGGAGCGCACCACUAGGGAGGCGAGACGGGUUAACUGCCAGUGAGGCAGCAACUAAAAGCUUACCCUCACCAUUGGAGAGCUUCCAAGAUAUCAAGACUAAAUUUUUAGCCCAGGGUCUUGAUACCAAAGAUAUGGUUGUUCUUUCAGG